AUGAUUAGUGAGCAGACAGAGGAGGCAGAGGAGGAACAAGAGGAUGAAGAAGCCAUCAGACAGGAGGAUGAAGAGCAGCAGGAGUACACAGAUUAUCAAGAAGAAUAUCAGGAAGAAGAGGAGGAACGGCCACGCCCCAAGCCACUGGCUCCUCAGCUUGCUCCUCCGAAGAUCCCUGAGGGAGAGAGAGUGGACUUUGAUGUGAGGAUGGAGAGAGACAUGAUUUGGGUUGCAGGGCUUAGCGGUUGGGAAGCAAACAGGGCCAGGGAGGAGGGAGGGCUGGAGGCGAGCGUAUACUCUGAGAGAGCCGAGCAGCAGCGUGUCCGAGCCGAGAAGGAGCGAGACCGUCAAACACGCAUCGCUGAGGAACGCCAGAGGAAGGAGGAUGAGGAGGCCAAGAAGAGAGCAGAUGAUGAAGCUAAGAAGAAGAAAGUGUUGUCCAACAUGGGAGCAAAUUUUGGGGGCUUCCUUGCUAAGGCGGAACAGAGAAGAGGGAAGCGUUUAACUGGAAGGGAAAUCAAGCGGAAAACUUUAUCAGAAAGACGAGCGCCUCUCAUCAUUGAGAACUUAAGAGAGGAUGGACUGCGGCAGCGAGCUCAGGAGAUGUGGGAGUGGAUUUAUCAGCUGGAGUCUGAGAAGUUUGACUUCAUGGAUCAGAUGAAGCGGCAGAAGUACGAGAUUGUGGUCCUGCUGAACAGGAUUUCACACGCCCAGAAGUUCAAAAAGGUUCAUGGAAAGGGAAAAGUCGGAGGUCGCUGGAAAUAACUGUUUUGAUCUUAUAGAGGAGAAGUUAUGACAUGGAUGAGAAAAGAAAACAAAAAUGAAAUUAUGACAAGAUCAGACAAGAAAUGAAACGAAAUAAAGUCUCUUCCUCUUCACUCAGACACAGAGUCUGUACUCGUCUUUACUGACCAGAGGAACGAAUAAAAACAUUCUCUAACAC